AUGAAAAUGCUCCGGUUUCGCAGCCCCAGCAUCCGCUCCAUGGACCAGGAGAUCCUCUGCACGAUCCGGUUACUGGACGACUCCGAGAUCUCCUGCAGCAUCCAGAGAGACACCAAAGGUCAGUUCCUGUUGGACCAUGUAUGUAACCACUACAACCUACUCGAGAAGGACUACUUCGGUAUUCGAUAUGUGGACCCUGAGAAACAGAGGCACUGGCUGGAGCCCAAUAAGCCUGUAGUGAGGCAAAUGAAGUCAGCUCAGCAGCCGUACACCAUGUGCUUCCGGGUGAAGUUCUAUCCCCACGAGCCAAUGAAAAUCAAGGAGGAGCUUACCAGGUAUCUUCUGUACCUCCAGCUGAAGAGAGAUAUCUACCAUGGUCGUCUCCUCUGUCCUUUUGCUGAAGCUGCAUAUCUGGGAGCCUGCAUUGUACAGGCUGAGCUUGGGGAUUAUGACCCAGAAGAGCACCCGUCAGACUACAUCAGUGACUUCAAGCUGUUCCCUAAACAAUCCCUCAAACUAGAGAGGAAGAUUAUGGAAAUACAUAAGAACGAGCUCAGGGGCCAGUGUGCUGCAUUAGCGGAGCUGAAUAUGCUCCAAAGGGCUCACACCCUCGAAACGUAUGGAGUUGACCCUCACCCUUGCAAGGACUUUACAGGCUCCACAGCCUUUCUGGGUUUCACAGCCACAGGUUUUGUGGUCUUCCAGGGAAACAAGAGGAUCCACCUCCUCAAAUGGGUGGAUGUCAGCAAGCUGAAGUUCGAAGGGAAAACCUUUUACGUCAUUGGGAUUCAGAAAGAGAUCUCCUUAACAGGCAGGAUUCACUGUAACAGGAUGUCAUCACUGAAGAAACUGGUGUUGACAUUUCACACCUCGACCCCUGCAGCGUGUAAGCACUUAUGGAAGUGCGGGGUGGAGAACCAGGCCUUUUACAAGUGCGCAAAGUCGAGUCAAAUAAAGACAGUUUCUAGCAGUAACAUCUUCUUCAAAGGCAGCAGGUUCAGAUACAGCGGACGAGUAGCCAAGGAGGUCAUUGAAGCCAGUUCUAAGAUUCAGAGAGAGCCACCAGAGGUGCGCAGAGCCCAGUUUGGUCAGAGUCGAAGUUUUAACUCACUGAGCCAUAAAAACCUCAUCAUGAACAUGGAGCCUCUGGUACCUGCACUGCCCUCCACCAACGAAUAUGAAGAGACAGCCACAGACAAUGGUGUUGUUGCAGUGAAAGACUCAGUUCCCUUGUCUCCUCUGAAACCUUCAGCUACACCCACAGAUACAGAGCAGCGAAGUACCGAAGGAGGACACUCCGCUUUGAACAACGACCUGCAGCCUCCCCGUAUUUCCAUGGAAACCUCAAAUCUACGACCUCAAACGCCCAAAGCUGAAGAUGAAGUGGAGGAAGAUGACGAGGACAGCGGCGCACUCACCAUUUCUGAGCUCGUCUACAGCCCCUGUGCCAGUAUGCUGCCCACCCCAGUCGACGACCGUCAGGGAGGCGUCGACUUGCUCUUCUCCUCCCCAGUCCAGAGCCCCGCCAGGCUGCUGAGGGAGCUCCAUGCUGACCCUGACAUCCAGGCGCAGCUGGAGGCUGAGAGGGAGCGAGACCGGGCCUACGAACGCAACCGACUGGCUGCGAGAAGUCGAAUGGGUGGAGUGCUGACCAGCAGCCUGCGCCUGCUGUCAUCCAAUGAGCGAGUCAAUGCAUGUGUGCUGAGCGUGGCCCGUUUUGUUGCCGUGGUAAUGGGCGUCCUGCUUGUCACUGUGCCCACACUGCUGCUACUCUUGGAGUCAGACAUCGACGUGUCCUUCCUCCAUGAGAUCCGCCAGACGCCGGAGUUUGAGCAGUUUCACUACGAGUAUUACUGCCCUUUUCGGCGCUGGAUCCUGUGUAAGAUCAGCAUGGCCAUGGAGAACCUCUGGUCAGACUAA